GCAGAGCAUUGCGCUUCCAGAAGCUUCCAUCCUCCCGACGUCCCGCCUCCUCCUCCUCCUUCCACCGCUUCACAAACCGAGCUUCUCCGAGCCUUGGGCGGGCGUUGAGGUGUGGACCAGAUGGUGGCGUCGCGCGUCCUCGCGCGGGCGUCGAGGCAAUGCGUCGCCGCGAGGUUCCUCCACGGCUACGGGGCGGUGGCAGCCGCGGAGCCCCCGUGCCUCAGGGCCCCAAAUGUUUUGAAUCAGCCUUUGAGAUACUCAACCACCAUUUCUCAAAGGUUUGGGUUUUCAUCCACUUCCCCUGAACAAAGUGAUAAGGAGGAAAACCAACACAAAGACCAGGAGAAUGCUAAAAAGGUGUCAAAUGAAGGUAUUAAAGACCAUGAUUUGUCAAAGGAUGACCUUGUGAAGCUAGUUCUUGAGAAGGAUGGGUUAUUGAAGUCAAAAGACGAAGAAAUCAAUGAAAUGAAGGACAGGGUUUUGCGAAGCUAUGCAGAAAUGGAAAACAUCAUGGCUAGGACAAAGCGUGAAUCUGAGAACUCAAAAAAGUAUGCAGUACAGAAUUUCUCCAAGAGUUUGUUAGAUGUUGCUGACAAUUUGACUAGAGCAUCAACUGUUGUCAAGGAAAGCUUCUCAAAAAUAGAUUCAUCUAAAGAUUCUACUGGAGCUGUUCCACUACUAAAAACACUACUGGAGGGUGUGGACAUGACAGAUAAGCAACUUGUUGAGGUCUUUAAGAAGUUUGGAGUUGAAAAGUUUGAUCCUUUGAAUGAGAAAUUUGAUCCUAGUAGACAUUUUGCAGUCUUUCAGAUUCCUGACCCCUCGAAACCUUCUGACACUGUUGCUUCUGUUGUAAAGGUGGGCUACAUGCUACACGAUCGUGUUCUCCGUCCUGCAGAAGUUGGUGUUACAGAGGGAGGCCCCACAGAGAAGGCAGCAAAACAAUCUCAGCAGAAAUCAACUGGGGAUUAAGUUAGCUGAUGUUACUACACAACUCACAUAGAACCAAAUCGGAUAGAUGUUCUUUUAGCUGCUAUUUGUUCGGAUUAUUUAUUCAGAGUUUAAAACACUUCAACCCAAGAAACUUCUCACAGUCCUUUAACACAAAAACCUGUAUGGCAAACGAAAUCAGUUGGGUAGAAAUCCCAUUUUGGUUGAAGAAAUCUUUGAGCACCAUGGUCCUGUCUGCUAGGGAUCAUGGACCAAUAUGCAUUGUAAAAUAUAUCCUUAUUUUUACAAGAGAUGUUGCAGAAAGUGUUGGAUUUUUUUUCACUUGCAUACAAGCAUAUUGACCGUAUUUUUGGCGUUGUCAGCUACUGAGCAAGUUUAA